AUGCUCGAGACAAUAUCAAAUCCAAAUAUUUCUAUCAUGUUAAUGCUAACUCUCUUACUAUUCGCUAUUACAGUUGCUGGACAAUCUGAAUCAGAUACCUCAACUGUUGAUUAUACCAAUUAUCAAACGUCAUCGACCGAUAAUUGUACCGGAAGCACAUCGAUAUGCACUGGAGAGUUACCGUUCAACAUCACUAAUCCACCAGAUGUUUGGCUCGAUGCCACAGUUGAUGUUCCACUGAUUGAGUUACGUGUUGAUAAUAUUCAGGCACGUUUAAAUCUUGAUGCACGUGUAGCGUCAUUGGUGAAUCUUACAGCAGGUGUUUCUGUGGGUAUUUCUUCUGUGCAAAUCAAAAUUGCAGGUGUGCACGCUCAAGUUCAAUUAGCUGUAAAAUUUGAUAAAAUCGUUGAUAUUGUCAAUCGAACACUUGAAUCAAUCGAUCUCAAUCCUCUUCUUGCACGAACGAUCAAAGGUGUUCAAAAUACAACGUAUCUUUUUUGCACUGUAUUGUACUUUAUAUACACUUCGAGCCUCGUCUUAGCUCAAACAAACAAUUCAAGCUGUCCAACAAAUCGAAAUUCGACAUGUACUGCUUUACCAUUCAAUACAAGCAAUCCACCUGAUGUUUGGCUUCAUGUUCCAGACUUGAGCGUUCAAGAGAUCUCCAUUGUUGUAGAAGAUAUCAAAGCACAUGUGAGUCUUUCAGCUAAUGUUGCUGGUUUGGUUUCAUUAAAUGCGGGUGUGGAUGUAUCGAUUGAUAAAGUGAAUUUGACGAUUACUGGUGUUCGCGCCCAAGUUCAACUGGCAGUUUAUCUUGAUAAUGUAGCAACUAUUAUCACGCGCACAAUGGCUUCACUCGAUCUGAAUCCACUACUUACGUCCGUUAUAGAUGGUGUUUUUCAAACAGUCAAUAAUUUCCUAGGUCGUUUAACACAAAACGGUCAACUCAUUAAUCAAAUUAUUGAUAGUGCUGGCAAAAUCGUCAAUCAAGUUUUGGGUACUGCUGGUGAAGUUCUUUCCUCAGUAGUCGUUGGUGAUUACCAACAGAACAUGACAUUCACCGGUGUUACACAAACUUUAGACAACGGCAAUGUAAUCAAACAAUACAGUUAUCCUCCACCAGCUGGUUCAUCACAAACCGAUAAGAUUCUUGUCAAUGUACUUACAGAUGCAUCAGGAAAAGUUCUUAGUGCUACUGUUGUCAAUCCUCCAACAAUACCGACAACAACUAGUUCGACAUUGACCAGCACAAAUGCUGCUGCUUCAACAAUGACUAGUACGAGGACUGUUUCAACCAUGACAACAGCGACUAUUACGACAACCAGUUCUACAAGUCCGGCGGUUGGCAACUAG